UCAAUUUGCGUCAAUUUGUUUUGAAUCAUCGCUAAGUUCACGUCGCUAUCUUUCAGAAUGAUAUUUGAUGGUCUGCAGUUUGCAUUUGAGUUUUCGACCAAAGAUACGUUCGGCUUUAAGAACGAAGUCAAAACCCUCGUCAAGGACAAUGGAGGGAUUGUGUCCUACAUUGUCAGCAAGCAGGUGUUCGCUUUGUUGAUCUCUGACCCUUCUUUGUCGAAGAACUCCAAGUGCAAGAAAGCACUUCAUUCAGGCUUCAGGGUACUAGAUAUCUCCUUUGUGAAGAAAUGCAUUGAGAGUGGCUGUGUCCUGGAUCCAGGUCCCUUCAGUCUUGCCCUGUUGCGUUCCAAAGAGAGUUUCCAGGCUGGAGUUAUCGAAGUUUGUUCUCCGGACGUCGGACCUGUUGAGACGGAAAAAGAAGAAAGUGUGUGUUUGAAAAACUUGCGGUCGUACAAACUGAAACUCGAUGAUUUAGACCCUCACACGUACGAGUACUUGAAAGGUGUAGUUCUAAUGAAUGACGACAAACAAAUUGCUUCGGUAGAAAUUGACAAAAUCAAUGCCGUUUUUCAUCUCUCGGAUGGUUCCACGAUCGACACCCCAUUUGCGGUUAUGAAAAUCGAAUCCAUGAUAGUUGAUUCGAUCGAGUUCUCAAAAUGCAUAAUGGAUGCUGAAAUUUUUCCGUUUGAAAGUGGUCGGAAAGCUGUGGGAUGUUACGCCGAGCUAAUUCGGGUCUUUGAAGAGGACAAAGACAUGAAGUCUUAUUUCGGAUGCAAAGAGUUGAACGAUACAACGAGUGUAUCGACUGUUGCGCAACUAGUGGGAUCACAGAAGUUCAGACAGGUUAUUCUGAUGGAUGACAAAAACUCGAUGCUGGAUACCAGCAUCACGGAGCUCAUGCAAACUCUGUAUGGAGAGUCUCAGGCGACAUUUGACGGGUUGCGCAACGGCUCGAAAUCCGUGUUUGAGUUCAAACGGGAGACCGUAAACGAAGCCAUGGGAUACUUGAAACAACUUAAAAUAAUAUUACAAGGUGCGAAAUUGAAAAAACAGGAAGCAAUAGCAGGGGAGUUGAAUCGCGGGGACAGUGAUGUGGAGUCAGGUUCAGAUUCGUUCAAGGUUGCAUCUUUGACCAAGAAGUUCUUCCAGUGCAUUCCUCACAAGAGAACAUUUGUGCUUGACUUGAAAACUGUAGUUCACAAAUUGGACAUGUGUCAGGUUAUUUUGGACAUGAACUCAAUUGGAGAGAGCACAAAUUGGGCCCCCGUUCCCCCAGUUAUGUCGAUGUACAAGGCUCUGGGAGUGCGAAUCACGCCACUUCCUGCUGUCGAACUAGAGGCUCUUUCACAAUCGCUACAGUUUUCGAACAGGGCAGAAGUAACUCAGGUGUUUGGACUUCUGAAACCUGCUCAGAUGUGUUCGUUCAAGUCGACUGGAAAGGAAGUGCAAACAUUGUAUCACGGAACAAGUCCUGCCAACUUGAUCGGAGUUUUGUCGAGGGGACUCAUACUUCCUAAUGUUGCGACCAAUGAGUUUGGGAUACCUUUGACAGACUUCGGCAAGCUGGGUCGAGGCAUCUACUUCUCAGAACAGAUGAAUACGAGUUUAAAGUACUGCUCCCCAGCUCAACAUGGGCUCAGAUACCUUCUCAUGUGUGAAGUGGUUGUCGGAAAGCAGUUCGAGACCUCGGAUCUGAUGCCCGAAAGAACCACAGCUCCAGAAGGGUUCGAUUCUGUUGUUGCGAACCCUGAUUCGCAUAACUUCAAUGGAGAUUCUGAGGUAGUGGUGUAUAAUACGAACCAAGUCAGAUUGAAGUAUCUGAUUGAGUUGAAGGUCGAAGGCGAUAAUCAGAAGAAUGGUUGGGAGUUCAAUUCUCAGCUCUUGUUACCUGGUUUUGGUGGUGAUGAGGUCGAUCUAGCCAGCAGGGGAAAAGAGAACGACUUGAGCUUCGAUCUUGAAAAGCUGAAGCAUCUGCUACCGCCGGAACCAGAAGCUGGACUGCUGCCGAAGAAUGGCUCCAGAAAUUCCGUUCCACUCCAGGCCGUACAUGUACGAGCGAAGCUAGUUGACCUUGCGGCUAAGGUUGUGGUUCUACAAGUGUAUGAGAACAGGAACAUAACUGAGUCGAUUGAGGCCAAAUACGUGUUCCCUCUUGACGAGUUCUGCAGUGUCGUUGGCUUCGAGGCAUUUAUUAAUGGCAAACAUGUUGUCGGAGAGGUCAAGGUGAAAGAAACAGCCCGAAAGGAGUACAAAGAAGCAAUUUCUCAAGGUCACGGCGCCUAUCUGAUGGAAGAGGACAAAGAAAUUCCAAAUGUGUUCUCAGUUGCGGUCGGUAAUCUGCCUCCUAAAGCGACAGUCGUGAUUAAAAUCACGUAUGUCACCGAACUUCAAGUGGAAGCAUCUGAUCUGAAGUUCUCGAUUCCUGGAGCAGUUGCACCUUGGAGUGUUGAAAAUGUCAAAACUGAUACUCUGCAGUCAACUGUAAAGAGUGUGUUAUUAAAUAAUGGCGGAUUUGGCGAUAGAAGUGAUAUGGAGAAAGUUUUGAAGCAUAAGUUUACUCUGCAAGUGAAUAUGGAAAUGCCUUUCAAAAUAAUGCACCUGAAAUCAGAGACUCAUCCGCACUUGAAAACAAAGAGAACAGAGACAAUGGCUGUGUGUGAACUACCAAACGGGACUUCGGAUGGAUCCGACGCCUCAUCUCUCGGGUCACAAGGGUUUGAACUCCUGAUUGGACUCAACGAGAUCCACAAACCCAGAAUGUGGGUGGAAAAGUUGCCCUUGCAGCCAAACGAACAAGCUACGAUGCUAACAUUCUAUCCCGAAUUUCAAACAAAGUCUGGUAGAUAUUCCGCGAGCAAUCAGCAAGUUUUGAUUCUUCUUGAUUUAUCAAACUCAAUGAAGCAUGAUGAUGCGUAUUACUCGGCCAUACAAGUUGCAUGUCUGACAUUGUGGAAAAUUCCUGAACAUUUUCUGUUUAAUGUAAUCGUUUUUGGUACUGAUUUUGAAGAACUCUUCUACAAAAGUGUACCCAAUAGCGCGAAAAACAGAACAAAGGCAAUUGAGUAUUUGACUGAAAAGUCUAACACGUUCGAGCCUAUGGGUGGUACGGAUGCUAAUAGACCUAUAAGCAUCGCCUGGGAACUUUUUAACAGCAAUAUGAAAGACUUUGCUAGAAAGCAGAAAUUGAAAUCGUUCAAAACAACUUUCUUGUUGAUAAGCGAUGGUCAUAUUUCACAGCCUACACAAAGUUCAAUUUCAUCGCUUUUUGAUCAAAAUAAGAGUCUCAAUUUUCGACUAUUUGCAAACGGUGUCUCGUCUUCGUGUGAUAAGCAUACGUUAAGAGUUCUGUGUGAUAAAGGCGCUGGAUAUUUCGAGUUUUUCGACACCGCAACGAAAUCAUCCUGGAUGAAAAAGGUCAAAGGUCAAGUGGAAAAAUUUUCCCAGCACGUGCUGACUAAUGUGUCAAUCAAGUGGGUGCUACAUGAAGACAAAGAUGAUGCCCAUUUAUUCGAUCUUUCGAACCCUGACCGUGUCAUUCAAGCGCCAGCUAACUUAACGGCACUUUUUGACGGCCAACGAGUUGUGGUGUAUGGCAUCGUGUCAUUUUGUCAGCAAGCGAUUUUGGAGGCGGAAUUAAAUGGACACAAAGUUUCGACAGUUGUUUCAACAUCUGAUCACAUGGCUACUGAGGGUCAUCUAGUACACCAGUUGGCUGCCCGAGCAGUGAUACGAGACUGGGAGACGAGUGCCGUGUUACACUCGGAUAAAGCGACUCACGAGUUUGCGAAAGCCGAGUUGAAAAAUACGAUCAUUCGGUUGAGUUUGAAACAUCAAGUUGUUACGCCUUUCACGAGCUUCAUUGCUGUCGAGAAAAGAGAUAAGAAUGAAAAAUUGAAUAUCGACAAUAGCUUUAUUUACAAAAUUAUAUCUGACGAAGAUGUUGAUGCAUUGAAAUAUAUCGGAUGGGAGAACGAAUUAAUCAUAAAGACGCCGAGUGAAAAUUUCUCCGAAUUAGUGGAACAGGGAAUGAAGCAGAAGAGCUAUUCGGUUCUCGAGGCCAAUUGUUCCUUCAGCACCGCAUACCAACUUCUACAGGACAAUAUCGAGUCUAUCGACGUGGAAAAACUUCUUGAGUUUGCUCUGGGCUAUGCUGACAUCCUGAAAGACUCGCCUGGCUCGGAGAAAAUCAUGCGCUCCACCAUAUUGAAAGUAUUUGGGUCAGUAGUCAAGGAAAUUGAGUCUGGAGAAGAGGAGACAUUUUCUGAUGCCAGAACUGAGAAAGUCAGGGAAUUGUUUGCACAACUAGACCAGAGUAUGAUUGAUUCCUUGGACCAGACAAUGCUCACAUCCCUGAACAAAGCAACCAAUAACUCUCUUCUGCGGCUCCUUAGCGUGCAUGUUAUAGAAUUAACUGGAAAAACCUCGAUCUACUCCAUCUCAGCCUUUGAUACAUUUGGCGAUCUCAAGGUGCAAAUCGAGGAAAAAACAGGUAUUCCCGCGGAUCAGCAGCGGUUGAUUAUCAGAGACCACCAGUUGUUGGACCACAUGUUGCCAUCAGACGUGGGAAUGAAUAAUGGAGACAAGAUACAUAUGGUGCUGCGGCUCAGAGGAGGUGGAGACCCGACUGCUUAUAACGAGGAAGUGGCUCCUGCAGUAGUGAUGGACUGCGGCUCACUCUAUGUCAAGGCAGGUCUCAGCAUAGACGAAAGCCCUCUCCAGUUCAAGUCCUUAGUGGGAAGACCCCGUCACCAAGGUGUAAUGGUGGGAAUGGGUCAGAAAGACUGCUAUGUCGGCAGCCGAGCCGAGAGAGUCAAAUUUUCUGCACCAGAAGAUGACACAGAAAAAGCUGUUCUGCCAAAGCAAAAAAAAAAGCUUUCUGUGCAGAAUAGCCAACUCGCACCUAUGCACCUAUGCAGAAACCAAACCAGGCCGUCAGAGCCAAUCGAGCGGCCUCCGCCAGUGCCUACACUACCAAUUCACCCCCCAAAGAUAAAGCCGCUGGUGGGUGCUGCAGGUGGCACAUCGUUCAGACAGAAGCACUCAGUGCCAACUCCCAUGAGACCCCCUCUCUUGAUGCCAAAUAGACUACCGCCCCAUCCAACCACGCCCCCUGCUUCACGCCCACAAACUUCAAUUUCAGAAGAAUUGCCGAUGUUUGUAUUGAAACUACGGGAUUUACCGCGUUCUCCGCAAUCCGCUGGGUCGCUGCUUGGAUUCAAAGACCUUUCCUCUGCUCGUAGAGGUUUUGGUGGAAGUCUUUUUGAUGCCCCCUCAGAAUCAUCAUCUAGAGAGCCGCUACGUGGUAGGUAUCAGCCACUUUCUGGAUGUCGUGUUGCUACGGGUGAACCACCAUUAAUGGGAACAUCUAUGGCACCGCCACAGCCACCAAUUUAUGAAGGAGGUCCUUUUGGUGCCCCCUCACAACCUUCCUCUGGAGCACCGCUAUUUGGGGGACCUCCGCCACCUCCUGGAGGCGGUCUUUUUGGUGCCCCCUCACAACCAUCUUCUAGCGCGCGCCUAUUUGGGGGACCUCCGCCACCUCCACCUCCUGGUGGAGGUCUUUUUGGUGCUUCCUCACAACCAUCCUCUGGCGCGCGGCUAUUUGGGGGACCUCCGACACCUCCUGGAGGAGGUCUUUUUGGUGCCCCCUCACAACCAUCCUCUGGCGCGCGGCUAUUUGGGGGACCUCCGCAACCUCCUGGAGGAAGUCUUUUUGGUGCCCCCUCACAACCAUCCUCUGGCGCGCGGCUAUUUGGGGGACCUCCGCCACCUCCUGGAGGAGGUCUUUUUGGUGCCCCCUCACAACCAUCAUCUAGCGCUCGGCUAUUUGGGGGACCUCCGCCACCUCCUGGUGGAGGUCUUUUUGGUGCCCCCUCACAACCAGCCUCUGGAGCGCCGCUAAUUGGGGGACAUCUGCCACCUCCUGGAGGAAGUCUUUUUGGUGCCCCCGCACAACCAUCAUCUAGCGCUCGGCUAUUUGGGGGACCUCCGCCACCUCCUGGAGGAGGUAUUUUUGGUGCCCCCUCACAACCAUCUUCUAGCGCGCGCCUAUUUGGGGGACCUCCGCCACCUCCACCUCCUGGUGGAGGUCUUUUUGGUGCCCCCUCACAACCAUCCUCUGGCGCGCGGCUAUUUGGGGGACCUCCGCCACCUCCUGGAGGAGGUCUUUUUGGUGCCCCCUCACAACCAUCUUCUAGCGCGCGCCUAUUUGGGGGACCUCCGCCACCUCCACCUCCUGGUGGAGGUCUUUUUGGUGCUUCCUCACAACCAUCCUCUGGCGCGCGGCUAUUUGGGGGACCUCCGCCACCUCCUGGAGGAGGUCUUUUUGGUGCCCCCUCACAACCAUCCUCUGGCGCGCGGCUAUUUGGGGGACCCCCGCAACCUCCUGGAGAAGGUCUUUUUAGUGCCCCCUCACAACCAGCCUCUGGAGCGCCGCUAUUUGGGGGACCUCGGCCACCUCCUGCUGGAGGUAUUUUCGGUUCUGCUCCUCGGCCGCCAUCUCUGUUGUUAAUGCCCAUAUCUCCGCCACUUUCCCCCUCUUCUCCUAUUCUAUUUGACGACUGUUGUUUUUCAGCGUUUGCACACAGCAGAAUAGAGCAAGAGAAAUCGGAUCUUUUGCCGAUGCCGCUAAGUUCUGAUUCCGCCCUUCUGCUAAAGCCUGAAUCGUAUAAAGCGAAAGUUUCUGCAAAAAAACAUGUCCUAAAUAGUUCGAAGCAACAGUCAACGCAAGAUUUAGUAUGUAUGUCAAGUGAGGAAGAACAAGCGUAUUCUGCUCCAAUCUUGCGCCAAUCUAAAGGACUUGUGAAGUCUUCAGAUGACGCUGCUGAUAGUUUUUAUACAAUGCUAAAUACAUCUGUUCGAAGUGAAUUAAUCGAAAGAAAAAGAGGAAAAGGAAAUCGAAUUGCUACUACAUUAGAAAAACCUCCUUUGCCUGAAGAUGGGGAUUCUUUUACUAAUAUAUCUACAUAUGAACCUGAAGAGAUGCAAGAUGAAAUGUUCUCGACUCAAUAUGAUUUAAUUUAUUCAGAAAAGAUGACAGAGAGGAGCUGUGUGCCAAUGAUGGAUUCGUCAAUGAUGAAAGCUGAAACUGGAGAUGAAUCGGAAUCGGACGAUGACAACGGUUUCGGUCUGUUUGACAAUGGCGAUCGUAUGCAAGAAAAUAGAAAAGAGGCGACACUGCGAAAGGCGACGUCUGAUGAUGAAAGUGAAGAUGAAUCGGAAUCGGACGAUGAAACAUGUUUCGGUUCAAUUGACAGUGGCGAUCGCAUGCAAGAAAAAAGUAAAGAGGUGACACUGCGAAAGGCGUCGCCUACAGGUGAAAGUGGAGAUGAAUCGGAAUCGGAUGAUGACGACGGUUUCGGUCUGUUUGACAAUGGCGAUCGUAUGCAAGAAAUUAGAAAAGAGGUGACAGUGCUAAAGGCGACGUUUGAAUCUGACAGUGUGGAAGAAUCAGUUGUGAGGAAAGAUUUCACCCCCUACUCAGACCCACGCUGCCAAUAUGACCUCGACUUUGAUCUGUUUGGGGACCUGGAAGCUGAAUGUGCCCUCGAAGCUCUCCCUAGUCGAAAAUCCCAAGAGUAUGGAUGGGCUGAAUUUGAGGCCGAAGAAGAAUCCGAAUACCAGGCUACAAAAACAUUGACGAAUCGCACGGAAUAUUGCAGCAUGCAAAGCCAAAUUCGCCAACGUAUCGACAUUCCUGAAAAAGAAAAUCAAACCAAGUCUGCUAGCUUUUUCUGUCCACGUCAUCUUGCAGAAGUGCCUUUCGUUCUUAAGAUGUCUUCAGACAUAGAGGAGGUGAAGAUGAAGGCCCUCGAGGUGCUGGAAAAGAAGAUUGAUGAGAUAGACUGGAACUCCCUCUGUGUUAUCGAUCACAUCUGUGAGAAGAUCGAGCUUGCAGCAACAGAGUGCGAACUCUGUAGCUCCAAGCUUUCCACUGUCAUCGAGUACUUUAUCCUUAUUGGCGGAAAGUCACUCGGGAAGAAAGGCUUUUUCAUGGCAGUGAUUCUGGUUUUGGCUCAGCUACACCUGCAAGAGUAUUGUCAGAAGAACGGCGAAGAUGACGACACGAAAGCAGCAGAAGAGCUGCUGAGAGUUUUGUUCCACAAAUAUUGGUAUGUCUACUCCAGUUUCAAUCUGGGAUCCGACUGGCCAAGUGCCGUUCAAAACAUCAAGAUCAAGUGCGCCACCAUGCAACAGCACUCCUAUGAUGAAGCCAACUCUCACUUUAUCAUUUAGACGUCCAUUGAAUUCUUGAUUUAAAAUAGCUCAACAAGACUCCUAUGAUGAAGCCAACUCUCACUUUAUCAUUUAGACUUCCAUUUAAUUCUUGAUUUAAAAUAGCUGAUAGAAAUAAAUUCAUUUAGAUAGACUUACAAUACAAAAUCUAAUCUAACAAUUUGAAAUGGUUUGUCUCUUAUUGAUUAAUCAUUGUGAAAUAAAUGAGUGUUCGUGUCAACAUAACCAGAAAAAAUGUUCUUGAGGCAGCGGAAAUAAACAGGUUUCAUAAUUAUACAUGGUUAAUUUGACGCAGACAAAAAUUUGAAAUGAAGAAAAUGCUUAUUUUUAUUGCGAUUUAACGUU